CCGCGUAGUCCCGAUUCGUUGGAAGCAAUAGCCAGUAUAUGUCAGCUUCAUCAAGUUCCACAUCUUGUAAAUAAUGCAUAUGGACUUCAAAGCGAGGAAUGUAUACGAAGGCUCAAUGCGGGUCGAGUAGCUGGUCGUAUCGAUGCAUUCGUGCAGUCACUCGACAAAAACUUCCAGGUUCCUGUUGGUGGAGCUAUCAUAGCAGUAUUCAAGCAAAGCGCCAUUAAGACAAUAGCUCAAUUUUAUCCAGGUCGUGCCUCAUGUGUACCAUCACGAGACCUAGUGCUCACUCUGCUACACCAGGGACGAAAAGGAUUGCUGGAGUCUUACGAUACGCAACGGAGGUUAUUCAAAAAAAUGAAAAGGCGUUUGAUAGCGUUUGCGGCAGAUAUUGGUGAAUGCGUUUACGAUGUCGACGAUAAUCAAAUAAGUUUAGCGAUGACCCUCUCAUCAAUACCGCAGGAGAAACAAACGCUUUGUUGGUUCUAUCCUUUUCAAUCGAGGUAUCACUGGUGCACGCGAAAAGAGCAGGCUGUGUUAGGCUAUAAAUCAUCGUUCAGUGCGGUCGUUUCUACAAACGACAUAACGACCAUUGAAGGAUGUGAAUUUGUGAACUUUGGUUCACAUUCGAAUGAGCAACACGGUGGAUACCUGAACGUUGCCUGCGGAGUCGGAAUGUCAGAAGCCGAACUGGAUGAGUUGUUCAACAGAAUGACGGCAGCAUAUACAAAGUUCACUCGGAAGAACGGCUUUUUCAUGGCAGGAGAUGGCUAUGGUCGCUCUACUCCUGAUGAUGUUGACGAAGAAAGUGAUGAAUAA